UUUCUUUGGUUGGAGUCUCAGUUGUCUUUUGUUCCACUCUGCUCCUCUUGAGCUGGCCAGUUUGAAGACAAUUUGACGAUUCUUUGCUGCAUGUUUGUAUUUGAACGGUGCAUGUGGUUAUGAAGUGAACUAUGCACUGGCUUGAACUUCUUUUAGUCUGAAGGUUUUUGCACAGUAGGGUGUUCGAUUUAUAAGGCAGGUGCAUCAGGUACAAUGUUUACAGUCACUCUCUUGCUCCUGCUAUUGGCGGUCAGGUGUGUGGCACAAGAAGAAACCCCAAAUAAGGGCUGCGUUUGUGGAUACCCCGGAAUACCAGGGGACCCUGGUCACAAUGGUGCACCAGGAAGAGAUGGCCGAGAUGGAUUCAAAGGCGAGAAAGGAGAUCAAGGUGAAGUUGGCCCCAUUGGAAGACCAGGCAAUGAUGGCCAGAGGGGUGACAAAGGGGAAGCUGGUGCAGUUGGCCCAGUGGGGCUCAAAGGAAAAAGGGGAGAUAAUGGAGAACGGGGGCCUCCAGGGAAAAUGGGGCCGCAAGGAGUCCAAGGACCUGUCGGCCUUAAAGGAAAUAAGGGAGAACUUGGGCUGCCUGGACCACAAGGACCUAAAGGCGAUUUGGGGCCCCCUGGACAAAGGGGUCCCAAAGGGGAGAUUGGCCUUCGGGGUGACAGAGGUAUUCAGGGACCACUGGGACCCCUUGGCAGGCCAGGGCCUAAGGGGGAAAUUGGUGUUCCAGGCCACAAAGGAAAUAUUGGUUAUCGUGGGGACAAGGGGACUCGAGGAGAGAGGGGUGAGAAGGGUGAGAAGGGAGAUGCGGUUGUAAUCUCUAAAAGUGCUUUCUCUGUGGGACUCACAACACAAUCUAAACUCCCAGCAGCUAAUGCACCGAUCCGCUUUGACAAGAUUAUUUACAAUCAGCAGAAUCACUACGAUCCGCAAACAGGAAGGUUCACAUGCUCUACAGCAGGAGCCUAUUUCUUCACCUACCACAUCACUGUCUUCUCCAGAAACGUGAAGGUGGCUCUCGUGAAAAAUGGCGCAAAGAUCAUCCACACCACUGAUAACUACCAGAGCAGCGAGGAUCAGGCAGCAGGGGGCGCUGUGCUGCACCUGGACGUUGGGGACAAGGUGUGGCUGCAGGUGGCUGGGGGAGAGCUGUUCAACGGACUGUUUGCUGAUGAAGAUGAUGACACGACCUUCUCUGGGUUCUUGAUUUUUGAGGCUUAAUUUAGGUAUGAUUACAUUAUAACAGCUGGUAUCAAAAUUGUUUUUAAAAGAAUAACAAGUCAAGAGAGACCAGACUAAAUCUGAACUUUAGUUGAUUAAUUUAGUUGAUUGAUUGGAAUACAUUGUGCCAUGAUGGUACGUAACUAAGUACAUGUGCUCAGCUGCUGUAUUUUUGCGUAAAUUUCAGUUACUUUACCUGAGUCUAUCCUUUUCAUGCUAUUUAAUACUUAAUACUCCCCAUAUUUCAGACAGAAGCGUCAUGCAUGUACUUUUGUAGUUAUUUUAUGAAGAUUUUACGUGCAAAACGUAUGACAGGUCUGUAAAAUACAAUUGAUGACUGUACAUUAACUACAUAGAAUGUAAAGUAGUUAAAAACUGCUGCAUCUCGACUAACUACAGCAGGAAAAUACCUCACACACAUUAAAAUAAUAUCCAGUAAUAUAAACAACACUCCCCUUUCUGCAUUAUGAGUUUCCCAGUUGUCUUUUUGAUACUUUAAGUGAGCCGGUCGGAGUAUUUUACACGUGUGUUUUCAUUCGCGUAUGGAAGUAAACAAUCUGAACCUUCUCUUGCUUCUGGCAUUGAUUGUCCACUACGUGGGUAAAUUAAUUAAACUAUUUUCCCGAAGGGAUCUAGAACCUGUAAUUCUGCUGAAAUGAUAACACCAGUCUGUAAAUAAAUAAGAAAAAUCAAUAAACUGAUAAAAACUCAAGGAAGUUCGCUCAGCUUUGAGUUUUUCUUCUACUCUGUUAGUUGUGGUUGGAUAAAGAGCAACAUUAACAAAGUAGAUUCUUGCUCUGGUAUUUGGGGAUGGGCAUACACACCAGAAAUACCCGGCACGUUGACUUGGCGUGAUACAAUGACGUGACAUGAGAAGACAGUGCAACGCCAACUGGAAGGUCCAGUCUUUUUUUGUCUUCA